GGGGACGAGGGGCUGCAGGCGCCGCACCAAUUGCUGCCGGAGGUGGUUUUGGUUGGUGGUGGCGGCGGCAGCGGCGAGAGCGGGGGUGGGAGCGGGAGCGACGAGGAUGGGGAGAGCGUCAGCGGUGCAGAAGAGGAGGGGGAGGAGGAGGAGGAGGAAGAGGAGGGAGAGGGCGGUGAUGAGCAGCAUGGCCAUGCGGCUGUGCAGCCAGCCCCCGAGCAGCCGGCCGGCCGCAAGCGGCCGCGCGAGGACGGCACAGCCAGCGCCGAGGCCGGCGCGCCGACCGCGGCGGACGCGGCGCAAGAAGCGUACGAGCUGCUCUCGCGGCUGCUGACAGACCCCUCUUACGGCCUGGCGGCCGAGGCGGCGCCCGGCGCGGCGCCCCGCGGCCCUGACGCCGCCAGCCUCGCGCCCGGCGAGCGCCGCCUGCUGCGGCUGCUGCAGCGCCUGCAGCCGGGCGCAAGCCCCGGCCACGCGCGGCUGACGCGCGCCGCGGCCGCCGCGCAGCCGCGGCUGGCGGAGAGGAUGGUGGCGGCGCUGCCGUUUGACUUAGAGCCCCGGGCGGACGCGAAGUGGGUCGCGACAGCGGCGGCCGCGGGCUGCCUGGUCCGUGGCGCGGCGCGCGCGCCGUGCGCGCUGCGCGAGCGCCUGACGGCGGCCGACGGGCACGGCGGGGCGCCGGGCGCGGAUUCGGCGGUGGUGCGCGCGGCGCUGCGGCGGUGCCUGCCGCAGGCUGCGCCGAAGGCGCUGCUGUCCCGCGGCAUCCAGCACGGCAGCCGCCUGGUGCAGCACGCGACCCUCACACUUCUGCAGCACUGCCUCGACGCGCUGGAGACGAUUUUUGAAUUGGCCGAGGCGCGCGCGACCUCGGCCUCCGCAGCGGCGGCGGCGGCGGGAGCAGAAGCGGCAUCGAACGACGGCGACGGCGGCGCGGCGGCGGCGCAAGAGCGCGCGUCGUGGGCGGGCUUCGCGCGGCGACUAAGGGGCGCACUCAGGGCGCGGCUGCCGGACCCCGGCACCAUCGUGGCUCUGAUGACAACACUCGACAAGCAGCCUGCCCCGACCUCCGACGCUGAAGGCGACGCCGCCGACGCCGCUGCGGCGGCGCCGGCGGGGCCGGCGGGGCGGCGGGCGCAGGCGCUGCUGCUGCGGCACGCGGCGCUGCGGGCGCUGAGGUGGUAUUGCAGGUGGCUGCCUGAGGCGGCGGCGGACGCCCAUCUAGACAGCAUCGCCAAGCUGCUGGGCCCGGGGGUGG